CCGGAGAGAGGCUGCGCCUUUGAUUUGCCAACUGCGAGCGCUCCCGAGCCCCCUUUUGCCCGCAGGCAUCCUAUUACAGGAGACCGCGCUCCCGAGCCAGGCGCAGCUAUAUAAACCCGGAGAAGCGGCUGGCUUUGACCGCCCUUUGCCUUACCGUCCGGCUUCUCUCGCCCCUUCCCCCGCCUUGACGCCCACCUCCACCGUAGCCGAGGCAACUUUUCCCGAGUUUCUUGCAGGACAGAGAGAGAGAGAGGCGAGGCGCGCAGGCUUUGGAGCAUCCCCGCUCAUCUCAUGGAGACCUGGCCAAGCAGGACCUAAUUUAUAGCACAGGCAAGGAGGGACAGCGAGCUGGUCGGGAAGCAGAAGAAAGCAGCCCCAUUUCCAUUCCAAGCUGGCUCUUUUCAUUUCCCCUUGAAAGGAACCACACCGGUAUCUGCAAGAACAUCCUAAAGGAACUGAACCUCAGCAUGGGCCUCGCCACAUGGGUUUUGGCCUCGGUGGUCCUCUCUCUGUUCCAUCAGCAUGUCAGUGGCGGACUCAUCAAGAAAAUUAUUCGGCAGAGGAGAGAGGCAGGGAUCAAUGUCACUUUGCCCGAGGACAACCAGCCUGUGGUCUUUAACCACGUCUACAACAUUAAAGUCCCUGUCGGGUCUCUUUGUUCCGUGGACUUGGAGUCAGCCAGUGGGGACUCGGAGCUCAAACCUCACAUCGAACCCAGCCAACAUUAUCAGGAGCACACGGUGAACGAAGAAAACCAGAUUGUCUUCACACACAAGAUCAACAUCCCGCGGCGAGCCUGUGGCUGUGCAGCCAGCCCCGAUAUCAAGGAUCUCUUAACCCGACUUGAGGAACUGGAGGGGCUGGUCUCCUCUCUACGAGAUCAAUGUGCCAGUGGGGUUGGCUGCUGCCCCAGUGGGCAACCUGUGGAAGGUCGCAUCGACGCCACGCCCUACUGCAGUGGACGGGGGAAUUACAGCAAUGACAUCUGCGGUUGCAUUUGUGAACCUGGCUGGAAAGGACCCAACUGCUCUGAACCAGAUUGCCCCCACAAUUGCAACAACAAGGGGCGGUGUGUUAAUGGCAAGUGCAUCUGCGACGAAGGCUUCACUGGGGUGGACUGUGGACAGCUGACGUGUCCCGGGGACUGUAACGACCAAGGCAAAUGUGUGGAUGGCUGGUGUGUGUGCUUUGACGGCUAUGCCGGUGAGGACUGUAGUCUUGAAGUAUGCUUGGUGCCAUGCAGCGAACACGGGAAGUGUGUCAAUGGACAGUGCAUAUGCAAGGAAGGCUUUGGCGGGGCAGACUGCAGCGAGCCACUGUGCAUGAACAACUGCAAUAACCGGGGCCGCUGUGUGGAAGAGGAAUGUGUGUGUGAUGAAGGUUACACAGGUGAAGACUGCAGUGAGCUCAUCUGCCCUAACGACUGUUACGACCGGGGCCGUUGUGUCAACGGCACUUGCUACUGCGACACCGGCUUCACUGGGGAGGAUUGCGGGGAUGUGGCUUGUCCCAACAAUUGCCACAGUCAGGGCCGCUGUGACAACGGUGUGUGUGUCUGCUACGAAGGGUUUACAGGGGACGACUGCGGCCAGAGGAGGUGUCCCAAAGACUGCAACGAGCGCGGCCGUUGUAUUAACGGGCAGUGCGUAUGCAAUGAGGGUUUCUUGGGCUUUGACUGUGGGGAGGUGAGGUGCCCCAAUGACUGUAACAACCAGGGGCGCUGCGUCAACGGACAGUGUGUGUGCGAGGAAAAGUUCAUGGGAAAGGACUGCAGCGAGCUGAGGUGUCCCAACGACUGUCGCAACAGGGGACGUUGUGUCAACGGGCAGUGUGAGUGUGACGAGGGGUUCAUGGGAGAGGACUGUGGAGAACUGAAGUGCCCCAAUGACUGUCACCAUCGUGGGCGAUGCCUCCAUGGCCUGUGCCUCUGUGAUGAGGGGUACACAGGGGAGGAUUGUGCCGAACGGAGGUGCCCCAAUGACUGCAACAAUCGGGGACGCUGUGUUAACGGCCUCUGUGUGUGUGACGAGGCCUUCAUUGGCGUGGACUGUGGUGAACUAAGGUGCCCCAAUGACUGCAACAAUCAUGGCCGCUGUGUCAAUGGGCAGUGUGUGUGUGACGAGGGGUACACAGGUGAGGACUGUGCAGAACGGAGGUGCCCCAACGAUUGCCAUAAUCGCGGGCGCUGCGUCAACGGGACAUGUGUGUGCAACAAAGGCUUUGUCGGCGAUGACUGCGGAGAAUUGGCCUGCGCAAACAACUGCAAUGGCCGAGGCCUCUGUGUCAAUGGGCAGUGUGUGUGUGACGAGGGCUUCACCGGUGUGGACUGCAGACAACGGCGGUGCCCCAAGGACUGCAACAACCGGGGGCGAUGUGUCAAUGGACAGUGUGUGUGCGACGAGGGAUACCAAGGGAUCGACUGUAGCGAACGGUCCUGCCCAAACAACUGCAAUGACCUUGGCCGCUGCGUAGAUGGGCAAUGCAUCUGUGACGAAGGCUACGUAGGUGACGACUGUUCUGAUGUAUCUCCUCCGAAAGACCUGAUGGUGACAGAUGUAACAGACAAAACUGUCAACCUUGAAUGGAAGAAUGAAAAUAUAGUCACCGAAUACCUCAUCACCUACAUUCCUACUGGCACUGGCGGCUUAGAACUGCAGUUCCGAGUACCCGGAAACCACUCGUCUGCCACCAUUCGGGAACUGGAACCCGGUGUGGAAUAUUUCAUCCGUGUGUUUGCCAUCCUAAAGAACAAGAAAAGCAUCCCAGUCAGUGCCCGGGUUGCCACAUACUUGCCUGCCCCGGAUGGCUUAAAGUUCAAGUCAGUUAAAGAGACUUCUGUGGAGGUGGAGUGGGACCCCCUGGACAUCCCCUUCAGCGGGUGGGAAAUUGUCUUUAACAGCUUGAAAGAGGAAGACAACGGAGGAAUAAGAAGCAGCCUAAAGAGGCCGCAAACGUCAUACUUGCAACCAGGUCUGGCUCCAGGACAACAAUAUAACGUGUCCCUUUAUAUUGUGAAGAAUCAGACCAGAGGACCUGGCCUCUCUAAGGUGGUAACCACAAGACUUGAUGCCCCCAGCCAAAUUGAGGUGAAGGACGUUACAGACACCACAGCGCUGAUCACCUGGUUUAAACCCUUUGCCGAAAUCGAUGGCAUUGAGCUCACCUUUGGGCCCAAGGAGGUCCCUGGGGACCGAACAUCCAUCGACCUCUCAGAGGAUGAAAGUCAAUACUCCAUCGGCAAUCUGAAACCACACACUGAAUAUGAGGUGACGCUCGUGUCCCGGCGUGGGGAUAUGGAGAGUGACCCCGUGACGGAGAGCUUCACCACAGAUCUGGAUGCUCCAAAAAAUCUGAAGCGCCUCUCUCAGACAGACAGCACCAUCACCCUGGAGUGGAAGAACAGCCAAGCUACCCCUGAAGUUUACCGGAUCAAGUACGCACCCAUUUCUGGUGGAGAUCAUGCUGAAAUCACAGUGCCCAGAAGCAACCAAGCCACAACCAAAGCUACCCUCACUGGAUUGCGGCCUGGAACAGAAUAUGGCAUUGGCGUGACAGCAGUGAAGCAGGACCGAGAGAGUGCUCCCGCCACCAUUAAUGCUGCAACUGAUCUGGAUAGUCCCAAGGACUUGGAGGUCAGCGAUCCUACUGAAACCACUCUCCUAUUGCGCUGGAAAAGACCCCUGGCCAAAUUUGACCGCUAUCGCCUUACUUACGUAACCCCCGCGGGGAGGAAGAAUGAAAUCGAGAUUCCAGCAGAUAGCACAUCUCACCUCUUAAGGUCCCUAGAUGCUGGUAUAGAGUAUGCCAUCAGCCUUGUGGCAGAGAAAGGAAGACACAAGAGCAAGCCUUCCACUGUGACAGGAUCCACUGAUGAGGAGGAACCUGAGCUGGGGAACUUGUCAGUCUCAGAUGUUCACUGGGAUGGAUUCCAGGUCAGCUGGACAACAGCAGAAGGGGCCUAUGAGAGCUUUAUCAUACAGGUGCGGGAGUCGAACCACUCCAGAGUCAUGCAGAAUCUCACAGUUCUGGGAAAUUUACGGUCUGUGGACAUCACUGGCCUCCAGCCAAACGUUUUGUACAUUGUCACCCUCUAUGGUGUAACUCAGGGCUACAGGACAAAACCCAUCAGGGUUCAAUCCACAACAGCAACAAAACCGGAAGUCAGCGAUCUAACUGUUUCUGGCCUUACCUCCGAGAGCUUCAACCUUUCCUGGACCGCCGCCGAAGGAGCCUUUGAGUCGUUUACCAUUGAACUGAUUGAUUCUAACAGGUUGCUGGAACCAAUGGAAUACAACAUCUCAGGCCAUUUAAGGACUGCUUACAUCUCAGGGCUAUCCCCCAGCACUAAUUUUAUUGUCUACCUCUAUGGUUUCACACGGGGCUACCGUACUCAGGCAAUAAGCGUGUCAGCAACGACAGAAGCAGAACCCGAAGUUGACAACCUUCUGGUUUCGGAUGCUACCCCAGAUGGUUUCCGUCUGUCUUGGACAGCCGACGAAGGAGCGUUUGACAGUUUUGUUCUUAAAAUCAGGGAUACCAAUAGGCUUGUAAACCCUCUGGAGCUAAUUAUACCAGGUCACGAACGCACCCAAGAUAUAACAGGGCUGAAGGAAGGCACGGAAUAUUACAUAGAUCUCUAUGGAGUUACCAGUGGACGGCGUUCCCAGCCCGUAAAUGCUAUUGCAACAACAGCUAUGGGAGCUCCCAAGGGAAUCACUUUCUCAGAUAUCACUGAAAACUCCGCCGUCGUCAGCUGGACUGCUCCAAGAGCACGAGUGGACAACUUCCGGAUUUCCUACGUCCCAGUUACAGGAGGUAGCCCCCGUGUUGUAACAGUCGACGGAAGCAAGAGUAAAACCAAGCUGCUAAAACUGAUUCCGGGUGUAGAGUACAUUGUCAGUAUCAUCUCUGUCAAAGGGUUUGAAGAAAGUGAACCUGUUUCCGGAUCUCUAACCACAGCGCUGGAUGCCCCAUCAGGACUGGUAGCCGUGAACAUCACAGACUCGGAGGCCCUGGCCGUCUGGCAGCCCGCGAUAGCUGCCGUGGACAGCUAUGUGAUUUCCUACGCUGCCGAAGGAGAGCCAGAAAUAACUCAAAGUGUCUCGGGCAACACUGUCGAAUAUGAUCUUACUAACCUUCAUCCUGCUGCUGAAUAUACUCUCAGGAUGUAUGCUGUUAAAGGACCACAGAGAAGCACUACUGUCUCCACCAGUUUUACUACAGGCCUUGAUGCUCCAAAGGAUCUUACUGCCACUGAGAUCCAGUUUGAAACAGCCUUACUGACCUGGAGGCCUCCACGUGCUUCUGUUACUGGGUACCUUCUCAUCUAUGAAUCCAUUGAUGGCAAAGUCAAGGAAGUCAUACUGGGACCUGAAUCAACUUCCUACAGCUUGUCGGAUCUCAGUCCAUCCACCCAAUACACAGUGAAAUUGCAAGCGCUCAACCGGAGCCUGAAGAGCAAGAUAAUCCAGACCGUUUUCACCACAACUGGCCUUCUUUACCCUUACCCCCGAGACUGCUCUCAAGCGCUUCUGAAUGGAGAGACGGCAUCUGGCCUCUACACCAUCUAUGUGAACGGGGACCAGGCCCAGCCUCUGGAGGUGUACUGCGACAUGGGUUCUGAUGGAGGCGGAUGGAUUGUCUUUUUAAGAAGGCAGGAUGGAGAACUGGAUUUCUACCAGAACUGGAGAACUUAUGAAACUGGCUUUGGCGAUCCCAAGAAGGAAUUCUGGAUAGGUCUGGACAAGCUUCACAAGAUCACUUCCCAGGGCCAGUAUGAGUUACGGGUGGAUUUGCGUGACCACGAAGAGACUGCUUAUGCCCUUUAUGACAGGUUUAGCGUGGGAGAUUCCAGGACGCGCUACCGGCUGAAAGUGGACGGAUACAGCGGCACGGCAGGUGAUUCCAUGACCUACCACAGUGGACGGGCCUUUUCCACCUUUGAUAAAGACAAUGACUCAGCCAUCACUAACUGCGCUUUGUCAUACAAAGGCGCCUUCUGGUACAAGAACUGCCACCGAGUCAACCUGAUGGGCAGAUACGGGGACAACAGCCACAGCCAGGGUGUCAACUGGUUCCAUUGGAAGGGCCACGAAUACUCCAUCCAGUUUGCAGAGAUGAAACUGAGACCCUACAGCUUCCGGAAUCUAGAAGGGAGACGAAAGAGAGCCUAAAAACUCCAUGGGUGGGGGAGAGAAAGAAAGAGAGAAUGGCCAGGAGAAGGGGUGGGGGUUUUUUUCCAGAAAAUUGGGGAAGGGAAAAUCAGCGACGAAGAUGGGAACUUUACCAAAGUAGCAGCGUUGCUUGGCCUGACAUUGGCUCCUUCGACAAUUUCAUCGGGAGGGCAGGGGUGGGAAAGCCUUACUCAAACGUAGCACGCUCGACCGAGCAGCCCUUUUUUUGUGUCCGUAGCUGGCUUUCUUUGCACCAAAGACGACAAUCUCCAGGGGUGUUGGGGAGGGGCGGAGGGUUUCUACACAGUCCUUUUUCUCAGUGAGUUCUCGUUGACUUUGAGGAUAUCUCUGGAGGGCAGCAAGUGAACAGUCGGCUAGUCUGCAAAGCAGCCUUUUCAUACACCAACAUGCAAGUCAUUGUCAUGACGAGUCCAAGUCACCACAGAGGUUUCGUUGGUCAUCGAGAAGCUUUCUUUAUAUUUGUGUAUGUGUGUGUGCGUGUGUGCGUGUGUGUAUAUAUAUGUAUAUAUAUAUAUAUAUAUAUAUAUGGCACCACAAAGGAAAGAAGUCAUGGGAACGAGCUGUCCGGUUUGAGAUUUUCAGCCUAAAAUUAAUAUUAUUAAUAUAAUGGGGGGAAAGGUAAAAGAAUAAUGAUGAUAAUAAUAAGCUACGUUUUUUUUGUCGUCUUUUUUAUUUUAAAAGAUAUCCAUGCUUUCCAAAACACAGCAGGACAGUGUCUGAUUGUACAUUUCCUUUUAAUAAAAUAAAAUAAAUAA